CGUCGAUCAGCUGCAAAAUUGUCGCCCAUACAUCGUGAACCCACUACAGUGAAGGUGAUCGCAAUGUUAACUGACAACUGACGGCGCGUGAGAUAUUGCUGAUACUAUUUGUAAAGCAUCGUACUAACAGAACCCGAACCACAUAUUCCGAUGUCUUGCAUUGCAGGACGCCUUGCACUCCGGUGCUUGUGUAGAACCAAGAACGAUUCAACACACUUGGUGAGACACAUGAGCUUUCUGAGUGAAUUCCAGAAAAGUUUGAAGGAAAAACAUCCGUUUGCGCCAAUACAGUUUGGACCAACAGAUAAUCGGCCUCCCGAUGAAGCAGACAUUGUCAUUAUUGGCGGAGGUCUUGUUGGUUCCAGCAUUGCCUAUUUCUUGAAAAGAAAGAUCGUACGUGGUAUGCGUGUUGUGGUAAUCGAACGAGAUCCAGCGUAUACUAGGGCAUCAUCAGUUUUGUCAGUCGGUGGAAUUCAUCAACAAUUUUCACUGCCAGAAAAUGUCCAGAUGUCCAUGUAUGGUGCAGAGUUUUUGCGUAAUAUCAAAGAGCAUUUGACGGUGGAUGACGCUGACCCUCCAGAUGUCCAGUUCAAUCCCCAAGGUUACCUAUUUCUAGCGACUGAAAAAAGUGCACGACAAAUGAAAGCUAAUUAUGACAUUCAGAGGGAGAAUGGCGCUAAAGUCGAACUCCUGACAGCCACAAAGGUCAAAGAAAAAUUUCCAUGGAUAAAUACAGAUGGAAUAGAACUGGCAAGUUAUGGCACUGAAAAUGAGGGAUGGUUCGAUCCAUGGUGUCUACUUGCUGCCCUUAAACAGAAAGCCAAAUCACUUGGUGUACAGUAUGUCCAUGGUAAUGUCACCGGAUUUACAUUAAGGAAAGACAAGAUACCAAAAGGUGGGCCAUAUGAUCCAUAUUAUGAUAACAGAAUACGAAAUGUUAAGAUUUCAAUGCCAAAUAGUCCGGAAAUGAUACCAUUGUCUGCUGCUGUAGUUAUCAACGCAGCCGGACCUCAAGCAGGUCAUCUUUCAAACUUACUGAAGAUAGGAGAUGGAAAGAAUGAGAUGUCGGUAUCACUUCCUGUUGAGCCGAGGAAACGAUAUGUCUAUGUUUGUUACUGCCCAAGUGGACCUGGUUUGGAUUGUCCACUUGUUGUUGACCCAACUGGAGCGUAUUUCAGAAGAGAAGGACUUGGUGGAAACUAUAUAGCUGGGCUAUCUCCCACUCAGAUUAAAAGUGCAUGGGCUGGUUUCUAUGACUACAACACUGUUGAUCAAAAUGCUAUCAUCGGGGUCCAUCCCAUCAUUUCAAAUUUUUUCUUUGCAAAUGGAUUUUCUGGGCAUGGAAUUCAACAGGCACCAGCCAUAGGCCGAGCUAUGAGUGAACUGUUACUUGAACAGAGCUACAAGACAAUUGAUUUGUCAAGAUUUGGUUUUCAGCGAUUCAUUGACCAACAACUGCUGUAUGAGACAAAUUAUUCUUCUAAUGUGAAAACUGAAGAUGUUAAUGUAUGAUAUUAGUUAGUGCUGUUUAUUCUAAUUAUUUGUACUUUGUUGUAGCAGGAGUAAGCAGGAUAUUCUAUUACUAUUCAAACACAAAUUUACCUGUGUGUGAAUUUUUUGCAUCAACAAUGUGAGAUUUGUUUAAGCUAGUAAUAUAUAAUAAAGAUAUCCCAUCAUGUUUACUUAGUAAAAAA